AUGGACUUAGAGUUUACUUUGUCGAGUCGGUCUCGGAAUUUGGCAGGUUUCUUGUUUCUUCACAUGAAACGACUGACUCCUCAUUUCAACCUACAAGUGGAUUCUCCUUUGAACAAUUUGACCUCGGUGAUGAACCUGAAAGUGGGAAUUGCAGUAUUGAUAAUAGCUCUUAUUGUUCCAUCAGCACAGCCUUAUAUUUACCGCGGAUAUGACCGAUCAAGCGAUCCAAACUUUGAUAUGUUCGGAAGAUCAGUAGCAGGUGACAAUGCCUACAGACAACCGUUAAGAACUCUACAAAGCCCAGCGCCAAUGGUUCCACGGGCAAUGCCUCUUCAGAGACAAAUGUAUGUACCACCAAGAGCGCCGAUGAUAGCACCAAGAGUGCCGAUUAGAGCACCGAUGAGUCCAGUAAGACCAGGGGUGCUCCAAACUCAACCAGUUAUGCCGAUACCGUACCAUCAUCCCCAUUAUUAUCCUGGAUAUGAUCCACCAAGUUAUGACCCACCAGAUAUCAGUCAACCGGAUCCACCCGGUGAAUACUUCUACCAUCCUCGUCCUCGCCCUAAUCUAGGUAUCUACAAUCCUUCUCGCAUCACAGCGUUUAAUAGAGCAUAUCUUCGUUGAUGAAUGUAUCUUAAACACUAUUUGAUGUCCAUCUUUUUCGGUGCAUUUAGAAAUACAGUACGGGCAUAACUGAGAACUAUAUAAUUUGUUCAGAUUGGUCUGAACCCCGAAUUUUUAUCAAAAUUUAUUACUUAUCAAGUAUGUUAAACCUCAUACCAUGGAAAUUAUGAUAUAUUUUGAGCAUAAUAUUCUUGAUGCCGUGCACACUCAGAAAUAAGUAAUGUGUAAGCGGCACCCGAUUAUGUAAAAUAGUUGGGCUAUGGGAUAGUUAGAUAAAACCUUCGUUGGCAGCUUAUUUACCGCGAUAAAAUUGUACACUAUUGCUUUAAUUAGAAUAAUUUACGUUUAUUGAGAAUAUAACAGCAAACUAAUGUCUUUUAUUUUUA